AUGCUGCCCAGCUUGCAUAAACGUUUGCUGAAGCAAAAUGCCCCACCAAGGUAUGGUUGGGACUAUCUUGUGGAUUUUGUGGUUGGCGUUCCUGUGACUUUGAAUGGAGAUCCUAAAAACCAGUUUGUUGAAACUAAUGUUGGUUUUGAUACCAUUUGUAAGGUUGUUGGAAUUGAGACUGAGAUGAAAAUUUGCUACUAUAGUUGUUGUGGGUUGAACUCUGUAAAGGAGGGGCAGAAUGUGUCGUACUGCGAACGAGAUGUUGUUGUAAAGGACACUACAGACACAUUCACAAGGUUGCACGAGAAUCAUGUUUCUUACAUCCCCCUGCAGUAUCCUUUGUUAUUUUCAUAUGGAGAAGAUGGUUAUCAAGAAGACAUCCCAUACAGGGAACCUGUCGUGGAGGAUCAAUAUAACAAAAGGGACUCAGUUACUCUUAAAAACUUUGUUGCUUUUCGUAUUCAGGAUAGACGCAUUGAAUACGACAAUGUAAUUCGUAUUGGACGACUAUUUCAACAAUUUAUAGUUGAUGCAUAUACCAUGAUAGAAUCUCAACGAUUAAAUUGGGUGAGAUUUAAUCAAAAUAAGAUCAGAGCUGAGGUUUAUUCUGGAUUACAUGACGCAGUAGCUAGGGGCGACACCGAAGCUACAACAACUGGAAAGCGCAUCAUAUUGCCAGCUUCAUACAUGGGAAGCACACGAUACAUGUUCAAUAAUUGUCAAGACGCUAUGGCAAUUUGCAAGAGAUUUGGAUAUCCAGAUUUGUUCAUAACUAUAACAUGCAACACCAAUUGGCCAGAAAUCAAGUCGUUUGUUGAGUCGAGGCGAUCCCGCCCAGAUGAGCGUCCAGAUAUUUUAGUUCGCAUUUUUAAGAUGAAGAUGAACCAGCUGAUUAAAGAUUUCAAAAAUGGUCAUUUAUUUGAAAAAGUGGAUGCAAGCAUGUAUACAAUUGAAUUUCAGAAAAGAGGACUUCCUCACGCGCACAUACUGAUUUGGUUGCAAGGAGAAAAUAAGUUGAAGACUGGGGACGACAUUGACAAAGUCAUCUCUGCCGAGCUUCCUGAUCCAGUGUUAUAUCCCGAAUUGCACGUUGUAGUUUCUAACUUCAUGAUACAUGGACUGUGUGGCUAUCCGCAGUAUAAAAGAAGGCAAAUAGGGAUUGUAAUCAAGAAAAAAGACAUUGAAAUUGAUAACAGGUAUGUUGUGCCUUACAAUCCCACGCUCCUUAUGAGGUAUCAAGCUCACAUAAAUGUCGAGUAUUGUAACAAGUCCAAUGCUAUAAAAUAUUUGUUCAAAUAUAUCAACAAAGGCGCAGACCGAGCAAUGCUUGAAAUUUCACAUAAGGACAACGAUGAUCAAGCGAAAGAGCCAAUGGAUGAGGUAAAGCAAUAUUAUGAUUGUCGUUAUCUUUCUCCGUGUGAGGCAACUUGGAGAACAUUUGACUUUACCAUACACAAACGAUGGCCAUCUGUGAAAAAACUAAAUUUUCAUCUUCCAAAUGAAUAUUUGGUAUACUAUAAUGAUGACGAAGACGUUGGAGAUGUUCUAGAAAAGAGUGGUAAAAAACCCACAAUGUUUAUGGCUUGGUUUGCAGCUAAUGAAAAAUACCGAGAAGGGCAGGAUCUAACAUAUGCUGAAUUUCCCAGUAGAUUUGUUUAUCAUAACAAAGAUGGAAUCUGGAAACCAAGAAAGAGGGGUUUUAAAAUUGGCAGACUACAUUAA